UCGUUCCAGCGGUGAAAUAAACCAUAUUUCACCCCUCUCCUAAGAUUCACUCGGUUCUGCUGAAGGGUCAGGAGGACUUCGGGACGUCAGCUCUUUUCUUCUCCGCCGAUGCUGCCGGACCUGCUGAGUUUUUCCAGAACUGUCAAAGCAGUAGCUAAGACCAACUGAAGACCAUGACUGAAAAAGCAAACAAUUUCCCCCCACUUCCAAAGUUUAUUCCUUUGAAGCCUUGUUUCUAUCAAAAUUUUGAAGAAGAGAUCCCACCAGAUCACUGUCAUCUUGUAAAGCGAAUCUACCAUUUGUGGAUCUUUUACAGCAUUACCCUAGCAGUGAAUUUAAUAGGCUGCUUAGCUUGGCUGAUAGCAGGAGGUGGCGCUAUCAACUUUGGCCUGGCAAUACUUUGGCUAGUUCUUUUCAGCCCCUGUUCAUACGUCUGCUGGCUUCGUCCAAUUUAUAAAGCAUUUAGAUCUGAUAGCUCUUUUAAUUUCAUGGCGUUUUUCUUCGUUUUUGCUGCCCAAGUUGUUUUGGCAGCUUUACAAGCAAUUGGAUUCAAAGGAUGGGGAGCCUGUGGAUGGAUAGCUGCCAUAGGUUUCUUCUCAGUUAAUGUUGGUGCUGGAGUGGUAAUGCUGUUCCCUGCGAUCAUGUUCACAGCAGUUGCAAUCCUGAGUGCACUUGUUAUUUUCCGUGUGCACAGAAUCUAUCGGGGUGGUGGUGGAAGCUUUCAGAAGGCCCAAGAAGAAUGGAGUGCUGGCACGUGGCAAAAUCCCCCACCAAAGCAAUUAGCAUUUCAGACUGUUGCUGGUAAUACUCUACCACAAUAUCCCACAGUUCCAAGAUACCCUUGUGGUGAUGAGUGGUCUUAGGAUGUGAACUUUCAAAAAAAAAGUACUUAGUUUUUGUGAUGCAAAUUUACAUUAAAUCACAAAUCAACAUUUCUUAAUAGAAAAUGUAAAUGCCUGGUAUGCUACGUACUGAAAAGGUUAAGCAUCUUUAAUUGGAACUAUACUACAAAGGCCUCAAAUCAUGAGUAGUAGCAGCGGAAAGGGAUUUUUUGCCUAAUUUUCUUGUAUUAUGUGUACAUCAUAUUUGCUUCUCGGACUAAGGUUUGUGAUCAGUGCUAACUGCUGUGGAAUCGGACUUCAAAAAGACCUCGGAUUGGAUGUGAAUGCUUCCAAAAUUUAGUUUGUGACUUUUAAAAGUUGAAGUAUAUUGUGCUAUUUUCAUUCUGAUCAUGAUCUAGAGUUAGACUACUUUUCCCCACUCUUCAGAAUCUCACCAAAAUGUAGAGCAGUUGACCUGUACCAGUCAAAUGCAGCAGUGUCAUGGAAAAUGCUGAAAAUACUCAGGAUCAGGAAGCAACUGGGAAGAGAAACAGUUAAUGUUUCAAGUUGAUGAUCUACUGUCUGAUGAAAGAUCAUCAGCCUGAAGUGCUAACUCUCUCCACAAGUGCUGCCUCAUCAAUUGAGUAUUUCCCGCAUUUUGUUUUCAUUUCAGGUUUUCAGCAUUGCAGUAUCUUGCUUUUCAUAUUUGAUGUCAUUUCCCCAAAAUCUACUGCAUAUUGUUUAAACUUUGAUUAGAUCACAAUUUCUUCAGUUUGUGUUCUCCCCAACCUCUUCUUUC